UUUGGCUUUGGCAUUGGCUUAGCCUGCUGAGCUGUACGACCAACCUUGUUCUCUAUUAUCUUACUAUAAAUUAGUACUCCUUUGUGGACUCCUGCUUUCAUGAACUGUCGACCACUGCAAAGCUUUCUUCUUCAGCUUCUUCUUUGUUCCUGAUCUUGUGUUUCAGUUUAAGCUAUAUAUAUACUCGAUCGAUACUUCCCCACAUGGCUGAUUUAUCUUUGGCGGUGGGCCUGGCCUUAUGCAUCUUUCUGUUCUCGGGUGGCGGCGGAGGAGCUGCUGCUGCUUCUGCACGGUACACCCAUCUGCAGGCGAGUAGCAGGGGAUCCAAUAUUUCAAAGGAGAUGAUGAUCCGAAGAAAUCUUCUGGCAAAUGGACUUGGUAAAACCCCUCCAAUGGGGUGGAAUAGUUGGAACCACUUCCAGUGUAAGAUUGAGGAGAAAUUGAUUAGGGAAACAGCGGAUGCAAUGGUGUCAACCGGACUUUCGAAAGUAGGAUACAAGUAUAUAAACCUAGAUGAUUGCUGGGCUGAGCUUAAUCGAGACUCUCGGGGGAAUUUGGUGCCGAGAGCUUCAACAUUUGGUUCCGGGAUUAAGGCAUUAGCAGAUUAUGUCCAUAGAAAAGGGUUGAAGCUUGGGAUUUACUCUGAUGCUGGGACUCAAACUUGUAGUAAAACUAUGCCCGGAUCACUAGGCCAUGAGGAACAAGAUGCAAAAACUUUUGCUUCCUGGGGGGUUGACUUCUUGAAGUAUGAUAAUUGUAACGAUGAUGGCACAAGUCCAAAGAAAAGGUAUCCGACAAUGAGUAAAGCAUUAUUGAAGUCUGGGCGACCCAUCUUCUUUUCUCUAUGCGAAUGGGGACAAGAAGACCCAGCCACUUGGGCCGCAAGUGUUGGGAAUAGUUGGAGAACAACAGGUGACAUCGAAGACAAUUGGAACAGCAUGACAUCUCGCGCGGAUCAAAACGACAAAUGGGCAUCUUAUGCUAAACCUGGAGGAUGGAAUGAUCCCGACAUGCUUGAAGUUGGAAAUGGCGGCAUGACAACGGAGGAAUAUCGUGCACAUUUCAGCAUAUGGGCAUUAGCUAAGGCACCUUUACUCAUCGGAUGUGAUAUUCGAGCAUUGCAAAAUGUGACAUUGGAAUUACUAAGCAACAAGGAAGUUAUUGCAGUUAAUCAAGACAAACUUGGAGUUCAAGGGAAAAAAGUUAAGAAGGAUGGGGAUUUGGAGGUUUGGGCUGGUCCACUCAGUAAGAAAAAGGUAGCAACAAUCCUGUGGAACAGAGGUCCAUCAAAGGCAACGGUUACUGCUCAUUGGUCUGAUAUUGGCCUUAAUCCAGCUACUUUAGUUACUGCUCGAGAUUUGUGGGCGCAUUCAACAAAAUCAUCAGUGAAGGGACAACUCUCUGCCAAUCUAGAGUCCCAUGCUUGUAAAAUGUAUGUUCUAACUCCCCACUAAAGAUAUUAUUACCCAACGAAGAUGCUGGAAUACAAGAGAAGAGAAGAAGGCUUCAUAUUUAUACAUGUACUUGUACUGAUUUAAGUGUUAAUUAGUUUAAAAGGAUUACUGUAUAAGUUAUCUAAUUCAAGUCAUAAACAGAAUGAAAUUUGUGAAUUGUCAAAGUUUUCAUGCAUGAUAUUAGAAUAUAUAUCCAUAUUAAGUUGGUUUAUUUUCUUUUAAG